AUGGGGACCGACAACGAAGGCGUCCCCGAGGCCCUCCCACUGAGGCAGCGGUCUCAAUCUACCGUGUCCGCAUCAUCCUCUGACUCGGGUCUCUCGGUAGCCUCUGCAGCUUUCAUGGAAGCCCACAAGAGCGGCUUGAGGGUACCGCCCGAGGCGGACAACCUCGAGGAACACCCGUACCGCGACAUCGAAGACGGCGCCGACCCCAGCGACGACGCACCUCUAUUCCCCAACGGAGCCCGCAAGAAAGCUUCCUCUUCCUCCUCUCGCACCCGCCGCGUGCUCUGGCUGCUCGGCUUUCUCUGCGUCGGCGGCUGGCUGCUCGCCUUCGUCCUCUUCCUUGUCCAGAAACGACCUGCCGCGGCCGCCCUCUCUUCGGCUUCAACGGUCGAAGUCCACGACCCGCAUUCGGCGACCGGCGGGACGAGCUAUGGCAAGUCUCUCACUCUAGACCAGGUUCUGGGCAGUGCGUGGCGGCCGCAGUCCCAUGCUAUCUCGUGGAUAGCCGGGCCAAAUGGCGAAGACGGCCUUCUCGUCGAGCAGGGCGAGAGCGACGAAGGAUUCCUGCGGGUCGAGGAUAUCCGGACGCGUAAGGACGGUGCAGAGAGCAUGCAGACGCAGGUUCUGAUGCAGAAGGGGUAUGUCUGGGUGGAUGACAAGUUCAUUCGGCCGCAGCAGACGUGGCCGAGUCCGAAUCUGGAGAAAGUACUGUUUAUUUCAGAGAGGCAGUCGAACUGGCGCUACUCAUAUUAUGGGAACUACUGGGUCUUUGACGUCAAGAACCAGACGGUCGAGCCUUUGGACCCGGAUAAUCUGAGCGGGCGCGUGCAGCUGGCGCUUUGGUCGCCGCAGUCUGAUGCGGUGGUGUUUGUGCGAGAGAACAAUGUUUACCUGCGGAAUCUUUCCUCAAAGGCGGUCAUUCCUGUUACGAAGGAUGGCGGCACUAAUCUGUUCUAUGGUGUGCCGGAUUGGGUGUAUGAGGAGGAGGUUAUCGCGGGGAAUAGUGCUACUUGGUGGUCGGGUGAUGGCAAGUAUCUGGCAUUCAUGCGGACUGAGGAGGCUGAUGUCCCUGAGUAUCCGGUGCAGUACUUCUUGUCGCGUCCGUCGGGCAAGGAGCCGCCGCCGGGACUGGAGAAUUAUCCCGAAGUUCGCCAGAUCAAGUAUCCCAAGGCUGGUGCUCCUAACCCUAUUGUCCAUCUGGAGUUUUACGACGUGGAGAAACAAGAAGUGUUCUCAAUCCACAUACCAGAUGAUUUUGCGGAUGACGACCGUAUCAUCAUUGAGGUCGUGUGGGCAUCUGAAGGAAAGGUGCUCCUCCGCGCAACUAAUCGGGAAAGCGAUGUUGUCAAGAUUUUCCUUUUGGACGCAAAGAACAGGACCGGAAAGCUGGUGCGGUCAAACGAUAUUGCCAGCCUUGAUGGCGGCUGGGUUGAGCCCUCGCAGUCCACGCGGUUCAUUCCUGCAAGCCCCGAGAAGGGCCGCCCGCACGAUGGUUACGUUGACACAGUCGUUUACGAGGGCUACGACCAUCUAGCGUAUUUCUCACCCCUCGACAGUGCUGAGCCAGUGAUGCUCACUAAGGGUGAAUGGGAAGUCGACUCCGCGCCAUCGGCCGUCGAUCUCGAGAAGAACCUGGUAUAUUUCGUCGCUGCGAAGGAGUCCCCCACUCAGCGCCACGUGUACCAAGUGAACCUUGAUGGUUCUGGCCUACGCCCGUUAACCGAUACUUCUCAGCCGGGAUAUUAUCGAGUCUCGUUUUCUUCUGGAACGGGUUAUGCGCUCCUGAGCUCCGAUGGCCCUGCCGUUCCCUGGCAAGCGAUUAUCAACACCCAGGGCGAUGGAAUCGAAACCGAGAUCGUCAUAGAGGAGAACCAAAAUCUCAAGCAGAUGGUCAAGGAGUACGCUCUUCCUGCCGAAAUUUACACCAAUGUCACCAUCGACGGUGUGGUGUUGCAAGCCCUCGAGCGCCGACCUCCACACUUCAACCCAGCGAAGAAAUACCCUGUGCUGUUCUACAUGUACCAAGGCCCAGGCUCACAGGAAGUCAACCGCAAAUUUACCGUUGACUUCCAAUCCUAUGUCGCUUCGAGCUUGGGCUAUAUCGUUGUCACCGUGGAUGGCCGCGGGACGGGCUUUAUUGGUCGUGAGCAGAGAUGUAAGGUUCGCGGCAACCUCGGCCACUAUGAAUCGCACGACCAAAUCGAGGCAGGCAAGAUAUGGGCUAGUAAGCCGUACGUGGAUGCUAGCCGGAUGGCUAUUUGGGGUUGGAGCUAUGGUGGAUUCAUGACAUUGAAAGUUCUGGAGCAGGAUGCCGGCCAGACUUUCCAGUAUGGAAUGGCGGUGGCGCCUGUGACCGACUGGAGAUAUUAUGACUCAAUUUACACCGAACGCUAUAUGCACACACCUAAGCACAACCCAACCGGCUACGAGAAUUCGACCAUCACGAACGUGGCCGCCCUAGGCGAGAACACCCGAUUUCUCAUCAUGCACGGUAUCUCCGAUGACAACGUUCAUCUGCAGAAUACUCUUGUCCUGCUGGAUCGGCUGGACCUGGCAAAUAUCAACAACUUUGAUAUGCAGGUGUUCCCUGACUCUGACCACAGCAUUUUCUUCCAUAAUGGUCAUACUAUCGUCUAUGAACGCCUCUCGAGCUGGCUCAUCAACGCGUUCAACGGCGAGUGGCAUCGUAUCGCUAAUCCCAAACCGGAGGAGUCUGCGUGGAAAAAGACGAAGCGCUCUUGGUCGUUUGGGCUGUUGAAUUGA